UGCAGCCUGUAAAGUGGUCAGUCUUUAGCCUGACAUUCAGACACGAACUCAAGUUUAGUUUUGCACCGUCAAAUCUUAUUGGCCAAAGCCCAGUCUACAGGCAACUCCAUGUGAGCGCUAAUCCUCUCUUGUGCAGCCUUGCAGCCUGUGUAACAUGCAGACUGCCACCUGCUAAUUGGGCACAAGGGACCAGUGGUAUGUAUUAAUCCCCUUCACCACAUCCCUCCAUUCAUCCCCCUCUUCUCCACAACAAUACCCUACAGAUUUUAGUUAGACAAAGUUAUUUGCACUCUCUACAUCUCUUACUCUGAUUUUUAUGAUCUCAGUUUUUCCUUAGUGCUUAGCUAGUGAGGAGACUGUUUACUUCAUUUAGGUGUAAUAUUUGUCUUUUUUUUGAAUACCUAAUAACAUGGGGAUUGAUAUUAGAGUCAAUAUUUCAGAUGAUGUUGAACCUUAUGGAGGAAAAAGCGCCUUCACCCAACUGGAGCAUAACAUUGUGGCUGGAUAUCUUAUUACUGCAGGUGUCGUCAGUUUAGCAAGCAACAUUGUGGUGCUGCUGAUGUUCGUGAAGUUUAAGGAGCUCCGCACUGCCACCAACUUCAUCAUAAUCAACCUGGCAGUUACUGACAUUGGAGUGGCUGGUAUCGGUUACCCCCUGUCAGCUGCCUCAGAUAUCCACGGCAGCUGGAAAUUUGGCUACGUUGGCUGUCAGAUCUAUGCAGCUCUCAACAUCUUCUUUGGCAUGGCCAGUAUCGGCCUGCUGACUGUGGUGGCCAUCGACCGCUACCUCUCCAUCUGCAGACCAGAUAUAGGCCAGAAAAUGACAAUGCGAUCAUACAACCUUCUUAUUCUGGCAGCAUGGUUGAAUGCUGUGUUCUGGUCUUCAAUGCCUAUAGUGGGCUGGGCUGGCUAUGCCCCUGACCCCACUGGAGCCACAUGCACCAUCAACUGGAGACAGAAUGAUGCCUCCUUCAUCUCUUACACCAUGGCCGUGAUUGCUGUGAACUUUGUGGUGCCCCUGUCUGUCAUGUUUUACUGCUACUACAAUGUGUCAGUCACUGUGAGGAGAUACAAAGCCAGCAACUGCUUGGACAGCAUCAACAUCGACUGGUCAGAUCAGAUGGAUGUCACCAAGAUGUCCAUAGUGAUGAUCGUCAUGUUCCUCGUGGCCUGGUCUCCGUACUCCAUGGUGUGUCUCUGGGCAUCGUUUGGUGACCCGAAGACUAUCCCCGCUCCCAUGGCUAUCAUUGCGCCACUCUUUGCCAAGUCCUCCACCUUUUACAACCCCUGCAUUUAUGUCAUCGCAAACAAAAAGUUCAGAAGAGCCAUCAUAGGGAUGAUUCGAUGUCAAACCAGGCAGCGAAUCACCAUCAAUACCCAGGUUCCCAUGACAACCUCCCAACAACCUCUGACCCAGUGAGGUGAAGUCGCAUCGGUAUCAUGUAUUACUAUACCAUGGCAUUAAAUCUAUGUAUAGAAGAUUGCUUGGAUGAAACGUGAAUCAUUAUCAGUGUUUUUCUUUCUAACCUACCGCACUGUGGUGUUUACUGUGUAAAUUCCACUGGCUAACUUGUGUUCCAGUUACUCCAAAAUCAAACUGACAAAGGCAGUCUUUCUGUGUAUG